UCUGUGGAAGAUAAUCUUGGGCACCCACUGUAACUCAAGUAAGAUAUGGAGAGUAAUGGAGGAAAAAAGAGUCACGUUAUGGUGAUAUCAUAUCCUGCAACGGGGCACACUAAUCCCAUGCUGCAAUUCUCAAAGAAGUUAGCCUCAAAAGGUUUGCUUGUUACCUUCGUAAGCUUCAACAUCAAUAAGGAGAAAGUAACACAGGCUAAGGAGUAUGUUCAGAGGCUCAAGCUGGACAUACGCUUUGAAUUCAUUCCUGAUGGUCUUCCGGAGAAUAAGAACAUAAUCGACUCAAAUAUAAAUCCGGCUGUGCUCAACCACAUGCAGAACAACAUGGAUGGAUCGGGAGUGGAAGAUCUGAUCCGGCGGCUGAAUGCGAGUGCCGACUCUCCUCCAGUGGGCUGCAUAAUAUACAACUCCUUUCUUCCGUGGGUUCCACCCGUUGCAAAGAAACUCAACAUUCCUCAUGCUUUCUUCUGGACUCAGUCUGCUGCCGUCUUCACCAUUUAUUAUGACUUUCUAAAAAGUGAGAAAUGUAAGAGCAGCAAAAUGCCUCAAAACGUCAUCAUCCCUGGCCUACCUGAGCUGAAAUUGUCCGAUUUACCUUCCGCAUUCAUGGAUACAAAUGGCUUCCUAAACCAUUACCUUCGCCAGUUGGAGAGCGUGAAGGAUGCCUCGUGGGUACUUAUCAAUACAUUCUAUGAGCUGGAGCCUGAGACCAUCAAUUCCCUAAGAUCAACCUCUCUUCCUUUCCUCCCAAUCGGCCCUUCCAUACCCUCGGCUUUUCUUGAGGGGGGAAAUCCAGAGGACAGGCAGGUGGGCGCCAAUCCUUGGAAAGCCACCGACUGUAUGGAAUGGCUGAACAGGAAGCCCCCGCUUUCGGUCUUAUACAUUUCAUUCGGCAGCAUAGCUGUCAUAAGCGCAGAGCAAAUCAAAGAACUGGCUGUGGGUAUCCAGCAAAGUGGCCAAAACUUCCUGUGGGUCAUCCGGGCCCCUCCAGGACACGGUCACAUUGGGGAAGUUCUGCCUGAUGGGUUCUUGGAGGACACCAUGGAAAGAGGCUUAGUGGUGGAAUGGUGUUGUCAAGUGGAAGUUCUCUCUCAUCCCUCUGUGGGGGUGUUUAUGAGUCACUGCGGUUGGAAUUCUACCCUUGAUGGGUUGAGCUUGGGAGUUCCUGUGCUCACUUUGGAGAUUUGGACAGAUCAGCCCACCAACGCUAAAUGUUUGGCUGAUGUUUGGAAAACAGGUUUGAGAAUGAGAAAGAGAGAAGAUGGGAUUGUGACAAGGGACGAGAUUCAGAGAUGCCUAAGAAUUGCAUUUGAAAGCGAACAAGGAAAGCAACUGAAAACCAAUGCUCUCCGGUGGAAGGAAUUAGCAACAAGUACUUGCAGUGAAGGUGGCUCCUCUGACAUCAAUCUCAAGCAAUUUAUCCAGGAGAUCAUUGCCAGAGACAUACAGUAGUUUUGUUUUUUUAUGAGAGUAUUUUUCAGUUAGUAU